AUGGAGAUCCGUCCAGACCGCUUCAAGGCAGUGGCGGGAAAAACCUUGGGCAAAAUACACAGAAUCCUUGAGAAGCGUCAGGAGAAUGGGGAGACCAUCGAGCUGUCGGCGGAGGGCCGGCCGGAGCUGGUGGAGGAGAAGGAGCUCCCCGUCGUGGACUGUACCUGUUUCGGGAUGCCCCGCCGUUACAUCAUAGCCAUCCUCUCAGGCCUCGGGUUCUGCAUCUCCUUCGGCAUUCGCUGCAACCUCGGCGUGGCCAUUGUCAGCAUGGUCAACGAGCACACGGUGUACAAGGGAAACAAACCGGUGAUAGUGGCUGCGCAGUUCACUUGGGAUCCAGAGACAGUUGGGAUGAUCCAUGGGUCCUUUUUUUGGGGUUACAUAGUCACUCAGAUCCCUGGCGGGUUCAUCUGUCAGAAAUUUGCAGCCAACAGGGUGUUUGGUUUUGCGAUAGUGGCCACCUCCACCCUCAACAUGCUGAUUCCCGCUGCAGCGCGAGUUCACUAUGGCUGUGUCAUCCUCGUCAGGAUAUGUCAGGGCCUUGUGGAGGGUGUCUCAUAUCCGGCAUGCCAUGGGAUUUGGGCCAAAUGGGCUCCACCCCUCGAGAGAAGCCGAUUGGCCACAACAGCUUUCUGCGGUUCCUACGCAGGAGCAGUGGUUGCUAUGCCUCUGGCUGGAGUGUUAGUACAAUACUCAGGCUGGUCCUCAGUAUUUUAUGUUUACGGUAGUUUUGGGAUAUUCUGGUACCUGUUCUGGAUACUGGUAUCGUAUGAGAGUCCGGCUGCUCAUCCGACCAUCACACCAGAGGAACGCAAAUACAUCGAGGACGCCAUCGGAGAGAGCGCUGGGCUCGUAAACCCACUGCAGAAAUUUAAAACCCCCUGGCGUCACUUCUUCACCUCCAUGCCAGUGUAUGCCAUCAUCGUAGCCAAUUUCUGCAGGAGCUGGACUUUCUACUUACUCCUCAUCAGCCAGCCCGCUUACUUUGAGGAGGUGUUUGGCUUUGAGAUCAGCAAGGUGGGUCUGGUCUCUGCUCUGCCUCAUCUGGUGAUGACGAUCAUCGUGCCUGUCGGCGGACAGCUGGCCGACUAUCUCCGGAGCCACAACAUCAUGAGCACGACCAACGUUCGCAAAAUGAUGAACUGUGGAGGGUUCGGGAUGGAAGCCACUCUCCUGUUGGUCGUAGGGUUUUCUCACACUAAGGGUGUGGCCAUUUCUUUUCUCGUGCUUGCUGUGGGAUUCAGCGGAUUUGCCAUCUCAGGGUUUAAUGUGAAUCACUUGGACAUCGCUCCGCGUUAUGCCAGUAUCCUGAUGGGCAUCUCUAAUGGAGUGGGCACACUGUCAGGCAUGGUCUGCCCACUUAUAGUGGGAGCAAUGACUAAACAUAAGACGCGUGAGGAGUGGCAGUAUGUUUUCCUCAUCGCUGCUCUGGUGCAUUACGGAGGCGUGAUCUUUUACGGGAUCUUUGCAUCGGGGGAGAAGCAGCCGUGGGCAGACGCGGAGGACACGAGUGAGGAGAAGUGUGGCAUUCUCGGAGAGGAUGAGCUGGCCAAUGAGACGGAAGAGUUGUACAGAGGAGGUGGACAGUAUGGUGCCAUGAGCCAACCGAACGCUGGUGGUCCCAACGGGGGCGGAGCUGGAGGGGGCUGGGUCUCUGACUGGGACAAAACAGAGGAAUACGUCCAACCUGUCGGGACAAACAGUUACCUGUAUGGAGGAGAGGGAGAGAGGGAACUGACAUAA